AUGCCUCCUCCCUCAGAGCCACAGAGUCGGACCUCGACCCCCAGGUCCUUCACAAACCAGACUGCGUCUACGGAGGACCUUCUGAAGUCCCAAACCGUUGGUCUGGUUGACCUCUCUGAGUUCCGCAAACGCCGUGCCGAAGUAUUGGAGCAGAAAGAACGAGAAGCACAUGACAAAUCUCUCGGGCGAUUUACAUCUGGUAACUCACGAAGUAUUACCCCCUCUACGGGUGAUGUGACUGACGGAGCUUCAACAUCGCGAAGCGAAGGGCCUCCAAAGAAGAAGAAAAAGAAGGCUCUUGCAAAGAGCAAACUUUCCUUCGGUGAUGAUGACGAAGAAACGGAGCAACAGACUGGGGAUGAUUCCGCUGCUACUCCGCGCGAGACAGAUCGAUCCCGGUCCGCAUCCCAAACGCCAGCUGAGGACAAACCGCUGUCUCGACGAAUUGCGCCGAAUCCAAAUGCUCCCCCACCUCCCAAGGCCUUGACGAAGGCUGCUGCUGAAGCAGAGGCCCAGGCCCGUGAAGCACUCCGCAAAGAAUUCUUAGCGAUGCAAGAGGAAAUAAAGAACACGGAGAUAUUGAUACCGUUCAUAUUCUAUGAUGGAACGAAUAUCCCGGCAGGUACUGUCAAGGUGAAAAAGGGAGACCCUGUAUGGCUCUUCCUUGAUCGAUGCCGGAAGGUCGGCGCGGAACUGGGUGUAGGGGGAACGGUUAGCUCACUCAAGAGCCGCAAAGAUAACCGAAGAGAAUGGGCCAGAGUCGGUGUAGAUGACCUCAUGCUGGUCAAGGGAGAAGUCAUAGUACCGCAUCAUUACGAGUUUUACUAUUUUAUCGCUAAUAAGGUACCCAGUUUUUCCAAAACGGGUGGUCUGCUGUUUGAUUAUUCGAAUAAACCUCCGCCGAAGAAAGAUGACGAUAACCCUCUUUCACGCCCAGGCGAUGAACAACUGGAAGGAGGGGACCACGAUCCGACGUUGACUAAAGUAGUUGACAGAAGAUGGUACGAGAAGAACAAGCAUAUCUUCCCAGCAAGUUUGUGGCAGGAGUAUGAACCAGGGCAUGAAUUCGAGGAAAAAAUGAGCACGAACAAGCGUGAUGCUCAAGGAAAUGUGUUUUUCUUCUAGUCUAUCACAAGCUUUCGGCGUUCAGGUUCAUCAUGGGUUGGGGCUUUUUUGAAUGAAAGAUCUUGCAUCAUAGAAAUUUCCCAUCGUGGAUCAACAAAAUUUAAUGAUAUUUUCAGCACUAAUCUGCAAGCAACAUUGAUGCAAGCAACAUUGAUACGAUCAUGAUAUCUGAUUCUAGGCAGUCGCAGGGCC